AUGACAGAGGAAGUUGUUCAUGUCGUGCGACGUACUUGUCGGAAGGGAGUCAAGAUCAUUGCAAAGAGAGUUUUCGACACCGUUGUCGGUGCAGAAUCUGUAGUAGAGGCGGCAGCUGGGGCAGCGACCGAUGCUGUGGCGGAAACCGUGGUGGAGGCAGCUACCGAGACUGUUAUUGAAGCGGCCGCCGGGGUCGUCAGCGAAUCUCUUGUCGACGCUGCGACCGGGUCGAUAGCUGAUGCAGCUUCAGAGUCUUUGGUGGAAACGGCCAGGGAAUCUUUGGCUGAAACAGUCGCCCAAGUAGCAUCAGAAUCUGUGGCUGAAUCAGCUGCAAAAGCAAUAGAAGAGACAGCGGCAUCAGCAGCGCUUGUUAGCGAGGCCGUGGUAGAGGCUGCAGCAGAGGCAGCCACUGAAUCUAUCGUGGAAACCACCGCCAAGUCCGUUGUGGAAGCCGCCAGCGAGACAGCAGCAACUGAAGUGGAGGCCCCAUUCACUGUUCUCAACAUGAUUGGAAUAGAGGUUAUAGUUCCCUCUGAAAUUAUCUUAGUUUUCUUUCUUUCUUUCUCUCUGUUAUCUUUCUUUCUUCUUUUUUGGUAUCUCUCCGUUCUUUGGGUUCAUUAUUUUACCUUUCUUUUCCUCCUUUCUUUCUGGUUAUUCUUCUUCCUUUCAUUUUGUUUUCAUGUUCCUUUUUUUACCUUUUUACCUGAUCCGCUUCUUACCUUCCUAUCUGGUCUCUCUCCUUUCCUAUUUUUAAUUGUCUCUCUUCUUUCUUUCUCUCUCUCUCUCUCUUUCUUUAUCUCUUUCUUUCUUUCUUUCUUUCUUUCUUUCUUUCUUUCUUAUUGCUUUUAUCUCCUUUCUUUCUGUCUGGUCUCUCUUUAUAAUUCUUAUUUGGUUUCUCUCAUUUCCUUCUUACGGCUCUCUCGUUUUUCUUCUUGCCUUACAUUUUUCUAUGUAUUUUCUUUCUUUCUUUCUUUUUUCUUUCUUUCUUUCUUUCUUUCUUUCUUUCUUUCUUUCUUUCUUUCUAACCACUCUCCUUUUCUUUAUGCCCUCUCUCCUUAUUUUCUUACCCCACUUCAACCUUUCUCUUCCUGGAAGAGACUCUGUUCCGAUGACUAUGAAACUCAUGGCGUCUCCUCCGUUCCGUCGUCUAAGCUGAUAAUCCUUUAA